GGCUUCUCCCCGGCCUGUUCACAGAUCUCACUCUCGGUAAACCCGUCGGAGAAGCGGCAAUAAUGGCGAGGGAAUGGAUCGCUGAAUCUCCUAAAGCAUUGCUUGGAUGAUUAUCUUGAGCUGAAAUCCUUGCAAUGGGGUUUAGAUUUCGCCGAGCUUUCUUCGUAAAGAUGGGAUUUUGGAAGGCGAUUCGAGGGCCAUAUGGGUGGGCGGCUAUUUAAUGGCUCUAGUUGGUGGCAGGUCUCGCAUUAAUUCGAGGAGAUAGGAAGAUAUCGAAGGCGAGUAGAGGGGAAUGAGGAAGGACCGCCGAGGCGUUUGAUCGGGGACUUGUCAGUUGUUCCAUUAAAGAGUAGUAUAGUGCUAGAAGAUGGUCAAGUCUCGAUCUUUUAGGUUCUGCGUUGGUGUUGCUGUCGUGUGAGGGGAAGGAAGGCAGCGAUAAGGACAAAGAAAGUAGCAACGGGCGAGAGGAGGAGAGGCGACGGCGAGGAUUUGGAAGGUUAGGGUUUGGUCGGUCCUGGUGCGUUAGGCGCGAGUGGUAACGAUCGCUUUCGGCUGUGUCGUGUCGCAAUGCAGCAGCGGUGCUCGACCGGUCUGGCCCACCCCAGUGCUCUCCAAUCCGCUCUUCUCCAUCCACAUGAUCUUCCGGUGAAAGUAGCUCUGAGAUAGCGAUUGUACCUGAAGAAUAAAGUUCCAGUUGAACAAUGGAUCCCGAGAUUGGGAGCAUCCCGAUAUUUCAGAAGAAAGAUUCUUGGAAGACCAUGCUGUUUCUGGCAUAUCAGAGCUUGGGUGUGGUUUAUGGAGACUUGAGUAUAUCUCCUCUAUAUGUCUUCAAGAGUACAUUUGCGGAAGAUAUCACACAUUCAGAAACAAAUGAAGAGAUCUUUGGUGCACUGUCAUUUGUAUUCUGGACUCUUACACUAGUUCCUCUCUUCAAAUAUGUCUUUAUAGUUCUAAGGGCUGAUGACAAUGGCGAGGGAGGUACUUUUGCAUUGUACUCUUUGAUAUGUCGACAUGCAAACGUAAGCCUUCUGCCAAACAGACAGGUUGCAGAUGAAGAUCUCUCUACUUACAAAUAUGAGCACCCUCCGGAAACAACAAACAGGUCAAGGAUCAAAAUUUGGCUUGAGAAGCACAAGAGCCUGCAUGUUGCUCUGUUGAUUGUAGUUAUGCUCGGUACCUGUAUGGUAAUUGGUGAUGGAGUUCUCACUCCAGCCAUAUCAGUUUUUUCUGCAGUUUCAGGGCUUGAGCUGUCCAUGUCCAAGCAUCACCAUGAAUAUGCGGUGGUACCAAUAACAUGCUUCAUUUUAGUAUGUUUGUUUGCACUUCAACACUAUGGUACACAUCGGGUUGGAAUUCUGUUUGCACCAGUUGUUCUGACUUGGCUAUUGUGCAUCAGCGGCCUUGGCAUAUACAAUAUCAUCCGCUGGAACCAACAUGUCUAUCAAGCACUUUCUCCAUAUUAUAUGUUUAAGUUCUUGAAAAAGACAAAAAAGGGUGGCUGGAUGUCAUUGGGUGGGAUAUUACUGUGCAUAACAGGAUCAGAGGCAAUGUUUGCAGACCUCGGUCACUUCUCGUACACUGCAAUUCAGGUUGCUUUCACUUUCGUAGUUUAUCCCUCGCUCAUUUUGGCAUACAUGGGUCAAGCUGCUUACUUGUCGAAGCAUCAUAGAAUCUAUACCAGUUACCAGAUUGGCUUUUAUGCUUCGGUUCCAGAAUGCUUAAGAUGGCCGGUACUUGGAAUAGCAAUACUAGCUUCAGUUGUCGGGAGCCAAGCAAUUAUCAGCGGAACAUUUUCUAUCAUUAAUCAGAGCCAAUCACUCGGGUGUUUUCCAAGAGUCAAGGUAGUUCACACCUCUGAAAAAAUUCAUGGUCAAAUCUAUAUACCAGAGGUCAAUUGGAUGCUGAUGAUCCUCUGUAUCGCUGUUGCCGUUGGAUUCAGAGACAUAAAGCACAUGGGAAAUGCUUCUGGACUAGCAGUAAUCACUGUUAUGCUGGUGACCACAUGCCUCACUUCCCUAGUCAUGAUCCUUUGCUGGCACAAGUCUCCAUUCUUGGCCCUUGUGUUUCUUCUCUUCUUCGGCUCCAUCGAGGUCCUCUACUUUUCUGCUUCCCUGAUCAAGUUCCUUGAGGGUGCCUGGCUCCCUAUCCUACUUGCACUCUUUCUCAUGAUUAUCAUGUUUGUCUGGCAUUAUGCCACAAUCAAGAAAUAUGAGUUCGACUUACACAACAAGGUCUCCUUGGAUUGGCUUCUUGCCCUUGGCGAGAAACUUGGUAUCGUUCGUGUUCCUGGCAUUGCCCUUGUUUACACUGAUCUCAUCACUGGCGUGCCUGCCAAUUUCUCCCACUUUGUCACCAACCUCCCUGCAUUCCAUCGCAUCCUGGUCUUUGUGUGUGUGAAAUCUGUUCCUGUUCCGUUUGUGCCUCCUGCUGAAAGAUAUCUUGUGGGGCGUGUCGGACCACCGAAUCAUCGUUCUUACAGGUGUAUUGUCCGGUAUGGGUACCGUGACGUCCAGGAGGACAUUAAUGCUUUUGAGUCUGAGCUCAUUGCAAGUUUAUCUGACUUUGUAUGGCUCGAAGCAUCACUCGGUGGACAUCAGUCUAGUGAGUCAGUGGAUGGUUAUGAAUAUGGACUUACUGUUGCUGGGAGCAAUUUGCUCACACGCCGCCACCUCGAUUAUAAUACUGAGCUUCCUUCUGAGGAAAAUGCAAUAGAGCUGGCACCCGAGACUACAGUAAAGAAGGUCAGAUUCUUCCUAGAGGAGAACAAUAACUCAGCAUUGUCGGAGGCCGUGAGGGAAGAGCUUGAGGAUCUACUGGCUGCGCGUGAAUUCGGGUGUACCUUUAUACUGGGGCAUUCUCAUGUUCAAGCAAAGCCAGGAUCAUCGAUCAUGAAAAAGCUGGCAAUCGACGUUGCUUACAACUUCUUGAGAAGGAAUUGUCGGGGCCCUGACGUGGCCCUCCGUAUGCCUCCUGCAUCCCUUCUGGAGGUCGGGAUGGUUUAUGUCCUGUAAUCUGGUUCUGUAAACUCAAGUACGUAGGAAUCAUGUCAUGCUUGUUUGCAAGAACCAUGUCAUGCAGCUGUAAGUCAAAUUACUUGUGGCAUUCAGCAGAUAGUGUCAACGGUGCAAGUCUUAUGUUGUAAGAAAAUAAUGUUUGAUAGAGAUCCUCGGACAACUUUUACCUA